GCGUCAGAACCUGAAGCAAAUUUGGUUGUUUCUUCUUUAGUUCUGCACGAUCGUGCUCUUUCUCUGCUUCUGUUCCUGUUGAUUUUGUUUAUAUUUACAAAAGCCCAUUUGUGAGUUUCACCCUAUAAUCCUUAAUCUGGUGAGCUUUUUGCUUAAUCAUCUCACCCAUCUUUUCAACGUGAUACUGUAAUUUCUUUGUUUGCCUCGGGAAUAGUACUCUUGCAAAGGCGUUGGAUAUUCUAUUUGGUUCCUUUUUCCGUCAAGUUCUUUGGAAGCAGCCAGAAGCUCGAUGGAGGUAGCUAAGGACCUUACUGCUGGCACAGUUGGAGGUGUAGCGCAAUUAGUAUGUGGACACCCUUUUGACACCAUCAAGGUCAAGCUCCAAAGCCAGCCUACACCACUUGCUGGCCAGCCUCCCAAGUAUUCAGGUGCUAUUGAUGCUGUCAAGAAGACAUUAGCUGCUGAAGGUCCCAGAGGGUUAUACAAAGGGAUGGGUGCACCACUUGCCACAGUAGCAGCAUUUAACGCUGUCCUGUUCUCGGCCAGGGGACAAAUGGAGGCCUUAUUGAGGUCCCAUCCUGGUGCGGCACUUACCGUGAAACAGCAGGUUGUCUGUGGCGCUGGUGCUGGAGUUGUAGUUUCCAUUCUAGCUUGCCCCACUGAACUUAUCAAAUGCAGGUUGCAAGCACAAAGUGUUGUUGCAGGUUCUGGAACAGCUGCUGUGGCUAUCCAGUAUGGAGGACCCAUGGAUGUGGCCAGGCAAGUUUUAAGAUCUGAAGGGGGAGUGAGAGGUCUAUUCAAGGGCAUGGUUCCAACAAUGGCACGUGAGGUACCGGGAAACGCCGUCAUGUUCGGUGUAUAUGAAGCGAUAAAGCAGUUUCUAGCGGGAGGUUCUGAUACAUCAGGGCUAAGUAGGGGCUCCUUGCUUGUUUCUGGAGGCUUGGCUGGAGCUUCAGUGUGGUUGGUGGUCUACCCAACUGAUGUGGUUAAGAGUGUGAUUCAAGUGGAUGAUUACAGAAAGCCAAAAUUUUGCGGUACCAUUGAUGCCUUCAGGAAGAUUUUAGCUUCAGAAGGGUUAAAAGGUCUGUACAAGGGCUUUGGUCCUGCAAUAGCUAGAAGUGUCCCAGCAAAUGCAGCUUGCUUCUUGGCUUAUGAGAUGACUAGAUCAGCCCUGGCUUGACUUUAUAUCUUUGUUAAUGACGCUUUAAUUCAAGCAAUCAUUUUUUUCAAUCAGUGAUUAGAUUGUAUUACUGUUGGUCAUUGAGAGAUAAGAAGAAAAAUCUGCAUAUUCCAUGUGAACGUUUUGGAAAUGUUUGAGCACUCUGGAUAUUACUCUCGUAAUAAUAUAUCUUUGGAAAUUUGUUUGCUACGUCGGAUUA